AUGCAGUCCUCGGAGAAGGGACGGGGCGGGCCGUGGAGGUGGCUCUACACCGCGCCGCGAGUCGGGCAUGCCCGGGAGCUAGAACAUGGAGGGAGAGGUUUUCAUCACACCUCUACUGCAAAGAUGGUCAAUGUACCUAAAACCCGAAGGACUUUCUGUAAGAAAAAGAGGCGCUAUGAUCGGAAGCAGAGUGGCUAUGGUGGGCAAACAAAGCCAAUUUUCCGGAAGAAGGCUAAAACCACAAAGAAGAUCGUACUAAGGCUUGAAUGUGUUGAGCCCAACUGCAGGUCCAAGAGGAUGCUGGCCAUUAAGAGAUGCAAGCAUUUUGAACUCGGAGGAGAUAAGAAGAGAAAGGGCCAAGUGAUCCAGUUCUAA